UUUUUUCGCCCACUUUAUAGCUUUUCCUUACACGAUGGGUUUGCUUUUGGUUGUUCUCUAUUUGCUGAUCUUUUUCAUGCAACCAACCAAGAAAUGACAGACUGAGGAUUUCGAUCAUACAGUUGUGGCAUUUCUCCUUUCCUUCCCACUUUCUUUUUUGGCGCACCUUAACAGCAAGCAUGAGCACGAACCUGCUUUUAAGUUGACUGACUUCGAUGAGAAGACCCCGUCACCGCCUUCUAAGCUCACUGUUCUUUGUUGAGAAGACCUCGUCAUCGUCAUCUAAGUUGAUUGAUUGUGCUGAUCAGAAGACCUCCUCUUCACCGUCUUCUAUAUCGACUAACAGACUGGUGAUCGACUCGCGCGCACUUCUCUUCAAAGCACAACAAGGCUAAGGGAUGGCGUGGGCGAAAGUGUUACUGGUAGUAUUUGCACUCGGUACUACUUGGGGAUCUGUGGCUUCAACUGGAGCACAGCAGAUCAAAACGACGUCGACUAAAAAUCGAACUUUUACACUCCCAUCCAACUGUCCAACAAGCUGCGGCAAUAUCAGCAUCCAAUACCCUUUCGGCAUCGGCGAUGGUUGCUACCUUCCCGGUUUCAACCUUACCUGCCGCAAGCAAAACAAUCGCACUGUGUCAGCCCAGCUCUUCAUGGGUGAUGGCACACUCGAGGUUACUGGUAUAACUUUAUAUUCAGGGUACGUGUCCUUCAAAUUGCCAGUUAUCAGCAUGGGCGUCAGCCAGAGUUCCAUCACCACCCCACUGAUCGAUCUGAAAAAUUACCACAACUUCAACUUUUGGGCAACAGACAACUAUCUGUUUGUUUCUGGUUGCAAUGUUAAUGCCAGUGUAGUCGAUCUCGCCAACAAUAACACCAUCAUAUAUAAUUGCUCUACCUUUUGCUUGGAUGUCAGUCCAGAUUUGUCGCCCUUCGUGAUCCGGCAUCAAAAGUGCAGGGUUCGGAUUGGAAACGAACUUCCAGACCGUGUCUUCUUAGGAGUUCGUUUAACUCGAUUCAAUCAGACUCGGUUGCAUUUGACUAAUGCCACUCCAGUCAGCGCCUACAUGAGUUCCUCGAUCGGCAGUUUGGAGUCUAAACUGUCUUGGUACAUGGACGAUCACUCUUCGUGUACAGAGGCAAUGAACGAUACGGGGACCUAUGCUUGCAUAAGCAGCAACGGUGAAUGCACCGAUGCCCUUUCUGUUGACAGGGAUGUCACCGUCGGAUAUUAUUGUCGUUGUUCUGGUGGAACUGAAGGCAAUCCCUACCUAACUGAUGGCUGCAAAGGAUCGUCAACAGACGUUACAGUUGCCAAUAUAUAUCCAGCCAACAACUGUACGAGAAAAUGUGGAAGUGUGGAUAUACCAUUUCCUUUUGGACUUGAUAAUGAAUCGGAUUGCUACAGAGAUUCAUUGUUUGCCCUAGUUUGCAACCAAACAACGAGCCCUCCCGUUCUCCAGUAUCAGGACAAAAAUGUGAGCAAGGUAGGCGUGGAAAGGGGAGAACUGUAUCUUAUGGAAGUGAGAAAUUCAUCGGAAGGCCUUACUCUCACUGAAGGGCAUUACGUAUACAGUUGGUUGAUCCCCCAUCAUUCCUGCGAGAAUGCUAGAAUGAAUAAGUCGCUCUUUGCAUGCGUAAGCGAGCACGUCGAAUGCCGCAACUUAAAAGACAGCAAAGGAGAUCAAUUGGGAUACCGUUGCGGGUGUGAGAAAGGUUAUACAGGAAAUCCGUACAUAAUGAAUGGAUGUCAAGAUAUCAAUGAGUGUGACACUCCUGAGAAAUAUAUCUGCAAGGGGAUUUGUAAGAAUACAGAGGGCAGUUACAAUUGCACGUGUCAACCAGGAACAUAUGGUGAUCCAAUGAUCGGAGGGUGCAUCCCUUAUACCAAGAAGAGAACAGUUAUGUUAGCUCUCAUCAUCGCAGCAGGCAAUGUGUGCCUACUACUCUUGUGUGCAAUGUUGGUCAUCCUAAGUAAAAUAUGGAAGAAAAGAAUGCAAAAGCAAAUAAAAGAAAAGAACUUUCACCAGAAUCAUGGUUUAUUGUUGCAACAACUGAUCUCUACAAGUGAACAUGAUGCUGAGAGAACUAAAUUAUUUCCACUGGAAGAGAUAGAAAAAGCAACAAACAAUUUUGAUGAAACUCGCAUGCUUGGUCGUGGAGGGCAUGGAGUAGUUUACAAAGGAAUUUUAACAGAUCAACGAGUUGUUGCCAUAAAGAAAUCCACAAAUCUGAAAAAAAGUGAGAUAGAUCAAUUCAUAAAUGAGGUAGCAAUUCUUUCUCAAAUUAAUCAUAGGCACAUAGUGAAGCUUUUUGGAUGUUGCUUGGAGACUGAAAUCCCCUUACUAAUCUAUGAAUUUAUUUCAAAUGGAACCCUAUCACAUCAUCUUCAUGUUCCCAGUGGACAAUCUAAAUUAUCGUGGGAUGAUCGCUUGAGGAUUGCUACAGAAGUUGCAUGCUCACUUGCCUACUUACACUCAGACGUUUCUAUGUCUAUUUUUCAUAGAGAUGUUAAAUCGUCAAAUAUUCUUUUAGACGAUAAUUUGGUUGCAAAAGUAUCUGAUUUUGGAGCUUCAAGAUUUAUUCCACUUGAUCAAAACUAUGUAGUCACUGCUGUACAAGGCACCUUUGGAUACUUGGAUCCUGAAUAUUAUCAAACAAGUGAGUUGACAGAAAAGAGCGACGUAUAUAGUUUUGGAGUCAUUCUCCUAGAACUUUUGACAGGGAAAGCUCCUAUUCACAAAAACGAGCAUGGCGAUGAGGUGAACCUAUCAAAGCAGUUUCUUCAAGCAAUGAGAGAAAAUCAUGCUCUUGAUCUUGUGGAGGAUCAUGUUUUGAAAGAAGGAAAGAAAGAGGAGCUUUUGGAAAUAAUACAAAUGAUAGAAAUGUGCUUGAGGUUGAAGGGAGAGGAGCGGCCUACUAUGAAAGAAGUCGAGUACAAAUUGCAAGGGCUGAGAAGGAUCAGAAUGAUGAAAAAGAGGCUAUCUUCUUUUGCAGAAGACAAUGAAACAACUGAGAAUAACCUCAGUGAUGCAUUUGAUCCUUCAACAGAAUUGGUAGACCAAAGAAAUCAAGGUACUUCUACUAGUUACAGCUCAGAGAAAGACCUAAUGUACCAACAACCAAACUCACCUAGAUGAGUUUGCUUUCUCUAAGCAUCAUGUCUCUACUGCUUGUUGUCUAAACCAGCAGGAAAGCUCUGUAGACUAUCAUUAUAGUUGAUUUGUUGUGCAAGCAUGCUUACAGUGACAUGUGAAUUUCUUCCAGGACACUUUCUGUGUCUAUGGAGCUAGUAGGAUGCAUCAUAAACUAAAGUUGGAGUGUGUAUGCUACAAUUUUUUAUGUCAAAGUUUGUGUUUGCAUAAUGUAAUAAUUGGUAUUAACUUCAUGAGUGCUACUCUUUUACAUAUAAC